ACCAAGAAAAGCACAACUUUCAAGCACACCAAGCUUUGAUUCUCAUUGACAUCUCUGAGAUGGCAAGGAAGUUGCAGAAGGUUGCAUCCUUGAAGAGAAUGAUCUCCUCACCAAGGGCCGAUAAACAUUCUGAUUUCAAUGAAUGCAGUACAUCAUCUGUUGCUGAGAAGGGCCACUUUGUUGUUUACACAUCAGAGGGGAAGCGGUUCAUGGUUCCUUUGGCAUAUCUCAACAAUAAUAUCUUCAAAGAGCUCUUGAAGAUAUCAGAAGAAGAAUUUGGGUUGCCAAGUGAUGGUCCGAUCACAUUGCCCUGUGAUGCAGUAUCAAUGGAGUAUGUGCUCUCAAUGCUAAGAAGAGGAGUAUCAGAAGAAGUGGAGAGGGCAUUGCUUAGCUCCAUUUUCAUCUCUUGCCAAUCCACAUGUUCUACUCUUGAUUUAGAACAUACUCAACAACUCACAGUUUGUAGCUGUUGAUUAAUUCUUGACAUUCUAAAUGUAAUCUCUCUCAUACUUGUAUAUUUUUUACAAUUUUGUGAUUCAUCAAAGUUCUUUCCAAAGCUAU